AUGGCGCGAACAGAGCAGGAGCGCAGUGGAUGCGUCACAGGUCUGUGGUCUCUCUUCCGACCAAAAAAGGCGCACAAGGGCGACAACAAGGUCCACCCGGAAGCCAUGGACGCGGCGGCCUCGAAGCUGAAACAACUCAAGCGCGAGGUGAGUGUGAUCGUGGAAUCACUCCGAGGGCAGAAGGCGAUCGUGCCGAUCAAGCCGGACCAAAACGAAGCCGAGGAGCUGAAGGAGAAUCAAGAGAAGAAAGCCGAGCAGCUGAACGAGGAGGAGAAGGAACUCAGGCGCGCGAUCAAGCGGCGGGAGGAGGAACAGCGAGUACUGCGAGCCCAGGAGCUGCAAGCCCAGGAGGAGCUGCAAGCCCAGGAGGAGCUGCGAGCCCUUCGAGCCGAGCAGGCGGAGCAACAGCAGCAGCGGGCGGAGAAGAAGCGGGCAGAGAAGCAGUGGUGGGAGCAGCAGCGGGCGAUGCGAGCGGAGCGACGGCGAGCCCAGCAGCGAGCCGAUCACGAGAAGCUGCUUUGUUUCUCGACUGCGGUGGAAAAUUUUGGUGCGGAUGGUGCCCGAUGGUGGUCCGAGUGCCAUCUCACCGAUGGCCGUGGAGGCUUCACCGAGUUCCUGCGCCUGGAAGCUCUUCACGAGGCCUCACGAGAGCUCUCCAAGACGAACACCAGCAAGAGGAGUGGCUUCGAACAGAAGGAGCAGCGGAUGAAACCAGAACAAGAGGAGGAGCGGCGGAUCAAUCAGGAAAUCAAGCAGCCAAACGAGAAGGAUCACGAGAAGAUCAAGCAGGAGGAUCAAGAGCCAGAAAACAAGCAAAAGGAGCAGCCAACCAAGCCAGCUUUGUUGCCAGCCGGUCCGCGUCGUCCAGGUUCCAGGCCCAAGACUGUUCGCUUCUCUCCAUCAGCGCAGAUCAUUCUCCCCGACGGCACGCAGCAGCCGACUGAGUGCCAUCUCCAGGAUGGGCGAGGGGGCUUUCUGGAGUUCCGGCGCCUGGAAGCUCUUCACGAGGCGUCGAGAGAGCUAAAGAGGAAGGAGAGCAGCCAGAAGAUCGACGACGAGGUCAGGGACGAGGACGUGGUUGAGGUCGAGGAGGGGGCCACCUGGAGCUGCCGCGCAUUGGAGCUUCUGAUCAGGCUCGCCGAGUUGACGUACGAAGAACUGAACGGAAAAUCUAGCGACAGCGUAAGGAUCCAGAGAGCGCGGAGGAUUCAGAGGGAGUUGGAUAAAAUCCCUGAAGAAUCGAAGCCGUGGAGGAAGAGCAAAUCCGGCAAAAUGGUGUUUGUGAAAGUGGCCAAGGAGAUCUGUGAUCGCGCGGGAGACGACUUCGUCCGAGAAUUCUGGAGAAGACAGGCAAGCUUUUCUUUUCGUUAG